AUGUCCGAUCAAGGCCUCGCCGAUGGACGACGCAGGUACUUUGUCGCCUUCGAGCGCUUCAAGCAGACGCUAACAUCGGGCUGCAAUGCCUAUCUCAGUCUCAUAGUCAUCGUCGCCUACUUGGAUGGUACACAGCUGAUCUUUAAGUAUGUUCAAGACUCUCCCACGGGAAAGAGGAGUUCUCAUCCUCAAAGAAUCCACGGCACAAUCAUGACCAACUCCGCCAAAUCCUGGAUGUCGAGAUACACUCGGAUCGUGCUGGCCGCCGCCAUCUUCAUCGCCGUCCUAGCUGCUGCUCAGAUUGCCCUCCAAGCUUCACUGCGAAGCCGUAUUGCCAGCCGAAGCUAUCUUCAAGUGUCCUUCCCUCCUCGAUACCAGGGUGAGCCAUUCAAGGACCGACGGAUUGGCGGGCCUACACUUGUCCCGGAGCAUCUUGAUGGUGCUGUCAGUGCUGCUAUCAUAGCAUCAGCGGUUCUUGUCAUCAUCGCUGACUUCGUGGGAUUCUUCUGCUGGAAGCAGCUACAUUCGGGCAGAAAGGCGGUGGCGGACGCAAAGGUUUUGACCUACCGAAUGGUGUUGUUCGUCACGAGUGCUGCUUCCAUCCUCGUCACGCUGGCUUUGACCCUGUUCAUCUGGAUUCGAGAGUACCUCAACCCGGUCUGGAACUGGAUCCCAACAGACCCUUCUGCGUCCGGCCAAACGUUCACACUCGAAUCUUGGACGUGCCAGGUCGGUCAGGAGAUCACUCAAGUCGGAUUCCAGAACGACUGCCGAAUCGCGCGAGCCGGACGGGCCCUUACGAUUCCGCUAUUCUUGUCGUUCGUUGCACUUGCCGGCAUGGCGGUGAAGAAAGCGAGGGAAGACGGCAGAACACAGCCUGGAUCGAUGCCGACCAAACAGGUCGACUCAUGUUCGCUGGACGAGAGAUAUGGUCAAUUGAGAGCAGAAAGGCACGAGCUGAAGCAUGCAAAACAGUCAAGUGAUAUGUUCACUACAUAA